AUGCCGCACCGAAAACAAUUGAAAUUCUUCUUCGAUGUCAUCUCUCCGUACAGUUACUUUGGAUUUGAAGGAAUCACUCGUCAUCGUUCCGUUUGGAAGACUCCGAUUCACAUGAAGCCGUUCUUCUUCCCGGCAGUCGUUAGACAUUCUGAAAACCCGGGACUCCCACUUCGUGUUCCAGUCAAGGAGAAAUACAUGCACAAAGAUCUUCUAUUCAGUGCACAAUACUGGGGAAUUCCAUUCCGUCUGCCAAAAGAUUAUACGAAUAUGAUGUUGACCACAAGUUCAAUUAUUCCACAACGUAUUCUUGUCGCUGCUCAACUUCGUGAUAAUGCUCUGAUGGAAGACGUCGCUCGUGCUCUCUGGCAUCGUUUUUAUGCCUACGGAAAACCGAUUUUCACAAAAAGUCAAGUGGCAGAAGUGUUGAGAGACUUGCAUGUGAAGAAUUCAGAAGAGUUGGUGAUGAUGAGUGAUUCAGCUGAAGUCAAGAAUAUUUUAAGAGAGAAUACAGAUGAAGCAAUCGGAAAUGGAUGUUUUGGUGCUCCAUGGAUGCACAUCACCGAUGGACAUGGAAAAGUGCUUCAAACUGUUUUCGGAUCCGAUCGUCUUCCACAAGUCGCCGAUUUCCUUGCCGAGCCAUUCAAAGGUCCAAUGAGAGAGAAGAAGCAAAAUGCAUAA